UGAUGUGGUCUUCUGCUGUUGUAGCCCAUCCACCUGAAAUGCUUUUCUGCUCACCACGGUUGUAAAGAGUGCUUAUUUGAUUUACUAUAUCCUUCUUGUCAGCUCAAACCCUUCUGCUCAUUCUCCUCUGACCUCCCUCAUCGACAAGGUGUUUCAGCCUUUGCACACAGGAUGGGUUUAUUUUUCUCGUUUUUUUUCCCCCUCACACCAUUCUGUGUAAACUCUACAGACUGUUAUAUGUGAAAACCCCAAGAGAUCGUCAGUUUCUGAAAUACUCAAACCAGCCCAUCUGGUCCCAACAAACAUGCCACUGUGAUUUUAUACAUUGUGUCGCUGCCACAUGAUUGGCUGAUUAGAUAACGAUAUAUAAAUGUGCAGGUGUAAAGGUGUUCCUAAUAAACUGGAAGAUGAGUGUACAUAUUGUCCUAUCAAAUUUAAACAGAAAUAUUGUUUUUUUUUUUUAUUAAUGUUGUACUGCCAUACUGUUGUCAAUAACACUAAGGGACAGGUACAAAAAGCUCUGAAACACCAAAACACUUUAAAGGAGUCCCUGUAAAACAGGUUACCACCUCAGUGUCAAGGAAAGGUACCGUUUGUGUACAGGAGUUUGUUUUCUCAGAGUGCAGCGAUAGAAAGUGUAGACCUCUGGCUAAUAUUUUUGACUGAAUAUAAUUUCUGUUGUCAUGAAUUGUUCAAAUGACUCUCAUGUCUGAGUGUGUAUUAAUACUGAAGGAUGAGUAAAGUGCCACAUUAGCACAGCUGUGUGAGGAGAAGUGUGCUCAGCGACUUGCUGCCGCGGUGUGAGGUGAAGCAGAAAUACAGCACAAUGGUUCUUGCUCUCGUUAUCGCGAGAUUGCAGCGUUUAGCGACCUGACAGAGGAGAGAGAGAGAGAGGGAGAGAGAGAGAGAGAGCAGCUCAACAACCGAGAAGUCGAGAAAGCAGCACCGAGAGACGCCGACAUCUGGCCCCACAUCAUGAAAACACGACAGAACAUCUGAGGAAGCAAGAAAAGCGUCGACAUUUCUGUUAUGAGAGAAGCAUGGAGUUCCCAGACCACAGCCGCCACUUGCUGCAGUGCCUUAGUCAGCAGCGCCAUCAGGGCUUCCUGUGCGACUGCACGGUGCUGGUUGGAGCGGCACGGUUCCGUGCGCACCGGGCCGUGUUGGCUUCGUGCAGCAUGUACUUCCACCUUUUCUACCGGGACCAGCUGGACACCCACGACGUGGUGCGACUGAACAGCGACAUCGUGACUGCGCCGGCGUUCAGCUUGCUCCUCGAGUUCAUGUACGAGGGGAAGCUCGAGUUCAGCACGCUGCCGGUGGAGGACGUGCUGGCCGCCGCCAGUUACCUGCAUAUGUAUGACAUUGUCAAAGUGUGCAAGGGAAGACUGAAGGAAAAGGAGCUGUGCUGUCUGGAUGAGAAACUUGUUGACAGCGUGAGUCUGAGCUGCCUGGAGAGAGAGAGCUUGCUUGACAGGGAGAUCGAGCCCAGCAAAAUCCCCCUGAGAGGCCAAAUGGCAGAUGACAUGGACAUGGAUGACAUCACAGAUUGCGAUAGGCCAGCACUGGCAAGGCAGAAGGCUAACGGUCACCUCAGUGGGUCUGCGGACCUUGUAGGUGUCAAUUAUGUGUCAGCCGAGGCCGAGGCCCGUGUGCGAACAGCUGGAAAAACGAAUGUGGACGUCAGCGGUGCCUCCCAAAGGUCCCGGGCCACCGAUGACACGGACAGUGCGCUGGACUUGUCUUUGAAGGCGCUGUCGGGCAGAGAUGUGGGACAGCUGGCCCUCGACAGGCAGCAGCAGGGCAUAGAGAUGCACGCUCGAGAUGAACACGGCACACUGUCAGUGAAGGAGGAGGGUGGGGGUGCCAGCUUUGGGAAUAGUGUGCCCAUGACAGGGUUCGAUGCCCUCUUUCGGGGCAAAAAUGGCACUCUGCUGCCCCCGGAGGAGCACCUGAUGAUGGAGGACGAAGAGGAGGAGGUGGUGGGGUUGGACGCUGAUGAAGAGGAGGAGGGGAUGAGAGCAAGGGUGGGGGUCUUAGUGGCACAAAGGGAACGUAGCCACAGCCGAGAGGGGAGCGAGGAGGCUCGAGGAAGAGGAGAAGUACACAGUGAGGAGGAAGAGGACGACGAUGAGCUGGCCUCCACGGACAUCACCGUGCUCCUGCCACCAACAGGCACUGUUCCAGUGUGUGUGUGCCCCCUAUGCAGUAAGGCAUUCCCAACACCUCAUGCUCUGCAGCCGCACCUCAGCUCGCACUUCCGCGAGCGGGAGGGCGCCCGCACCAAGCUCUCACCCGACGCUUCGGUGCCCACCUGUGCUCAGUGUGGAAAGACCUUCUCAUGCGCAUACACAUUAAAGCGGCACGAACGCACGCACUCGGGCGAGAAGCCCUACACGUGUGCCACGUGCGGCAAGAGCUUCCAGUACUCGCACAACCUGAGUAGGCACGCCGUAGUGCACACGCGUGAGAAACCUCACGCCUGCAAGUGGUGCGAGCGCCGCUUCACACAGUCUGGAGACCUGUACCGCCAUAUCCGCAAGUUCCACUGCGCCCUCGUCAAGACCCUCUCGAUCGGAUAAGCACACUCCUUUUCUACUCCCAAAGGCAGUUUGUGACCUACGUAUAUAAAGUAUUUAAGCAUAGAAGGGUGUCCUUCUCUAAACCCUACGCCACGGUGGUGUUUGGUGACUAUGCACUCGAUUGGCUGUAGAUAUGUUACAACUUAAAAUUGGAAAGUGUUUUAAUGCAGAGUUUAGGACUUAAAGGUCCUAUUGCAGUCCCUCCAUCCAAUGGAGAAGUGUGAAGUGAAGGUUUUUGAUGCACUUGGUCAGUCACUGGCAGCGUCUUCUGAAGUUUAAAUGAUAAAUAUGAGGGUUUUUUUGUUUUGUUUUGUUUUUUGUCGUGUCAUGUCAACAAUAUAAGAGUACAAGUUCUGAAGUAAGUGCAUUUCACCGAACGGAUGAAACAUUGUUUCGAAGCGAGAAAUUGAAACGUAGGUUAAGCGAUAUCAGCAAACGGAUUCAGUCAUAGCUUCAUAAUUCACAGAUUUCUGUUCGGGUUCAAGUCUUAUUUGCUGAAGCCGGAAUAGCCGAGAAGUUGGCAAUCAUUUGGCUGUCGCUUCGUCAUCACUUCGGGGGAAACAGGGUCAUGUGUUUUUCCUCUUGAAUUGGUUUCUGAAGUAAUAAAAUGUGCAGGUAGUUUUGCAAGGCCAAACUACUACCUUUAUUAUAACUAUCGCAGUUUUUUUCUGCAGUAACUAAAAAUAAGCGAGUUUGUUCUAUGGGAACUCUGGAUGGAGCCCAUUUUUUAAAAUGAAUUAGCUAGCAUUGUGUUCAUUUUGGUGGGUCUUUAUUAAUCCUAUUAUCUGGAAACACUAACAAUUUGACAAAAAAAAAAAAAAAAAAAAUUCUGGUGGAACAUGAAUGUUAGAGACUUUAUAUCUUUUCAUUAACUUUCUCCUUUCGUCCAACCUAACACUUUUGAGUUAUUUGUGUUGGUUAAGUUUAGGGGUUUUUCGUUUUGUUUCGUUAUAAUGACAAGAAGCACUAAAAAUCCACGUAAUACCGUUUCAUUUUUUUUUUUUUUUUCCUGAGAAAACUUGAUUAGAAUUAUUUAUUAGUUCUGUUGGUUCAGGGUUUACUGUAAACAUCUGAAGUAUAGACAGUUGUGCUAGUUCCUAAUAUGUCCUAUGGGUACUGUUUCGGCUACACUGAAUGGAUUGAUUGUAAAAAAAAAAAUCAGUUGCUGUAUAUCAUCAUAUGGUUUAUCAUUUCACUGUAACUUGUGUAGAUAAGCCAUUUUUAAUCACUGUUCGUCAAGAGUUGACUCCAGAAACGCUAAGACGCACUUGCUUCGUGCAUACAUAGACUGUACAUACAACACUGAUGUUCUGUAGGCUGCUAUUUCUAACUGUAUAUUUAUUGUAAAUAUGCAUUUUUAUUUAUCUUUGUUCUCUUUGACAACAUCUGGAAUCUCAAAUCUCUUGACUUACGAAGUCGAAGUCUUCCCUUGUUUUGUUGGUCUGUUUUAAAGCCUGUAAUGCUGUAACGCCGUGACAGAUGUAGCAGAUCCAGAAGCACAAUGUCAACAAGACUCGUAAUAGCUGAACAGUCCCUACAAUUUAAAAAAAAAAAAAAAAUACAUUAUCCCAGGUAUUUAUUUAGUGAGUAACAAAUCACGUUCUGCUCUAAAACUAUUGGAAGUGUUCCAAACACAAGUUUCUGCCACCAGUGCUGUUUAUCGCAAUAUUUCCUGCAAAAACGAUAUAACCGAAACAUUAGAGUGGGUAAGGAUGUGAGCAUACGCGUGCGAUUCUCACUGACGAGACUACACUCUGAAACCGUUUAGUCUUUGUUGCACAUUUGUUGGGCAGCUGUUUAAAAAGUAGCUUUGAAUUCGUUUAAGUUUGUCCGAGCUCCGUGUAUGUUUAAGGGGCUUCAGUUGGAAGUUCUCUGUGGAACAUUGGAAAUUAGUGGAACUUACUAGAACAACUCUUAUUCAGAGAAUGGUGUACUUAUAUUAUUACUAGGUAGAACUGGAAAGUGGGGGUGCAUCUCAAUCAGCUCCCUAGGUCAUGAAUCAGUAUGUCAUAUGACAUAAAUGUCACAGUGGCCUAAUGUUUCUGACAUUAUAUGUCAUGUAAGAGUGUUAGCAUAAGCGCAAACAUGUUUCUGGCAUGGUACUUCAAUCAGGAUUGUAGGCUAGCUAGGGGAUUUUUUUUUUUUAAAUCAUUAAACACUUAAAAGUCGUUCGACUCAAACAAACCAUAUAUGGUUAAAAAUCACUAAUGUAAGUAAUCAUUUGAGAGCCACAACGAUAACAAGCUACGUACAUUUGUAGGCUUCGGAAAACAUGAUGUCAUUUCCAGUAAGGGAACGUCGUGAGCAUCGGUGCUCCUUGGUUUUUGUGGUGCAUUUUGGGAUUUUUUAGGGAGCCAACGUUCUGGUACGCUGGAAUGAUUUAGCGAUUGAGACAGCCCUUAAAAUGGCCCGACUACCGAACUCGGGCGCGGAUUGAGACGCAACCCUAGGUCUUUUUCAGAUUUGAUGCAGCUAAUACUGAUGAAUUGUUGUAGGUGCUUUAUUUGAAAUGCGUGUGUUGAUAUGAAUCUCAAUGGAGUCAGAUUCCUAUGUUGAAGUAAUAUGCAUGGACUCGAUCUACACAGUAUGUGCCUUGUCGACACAUUAAUCCAACAGCAAAUUCAUUAUCGGGCAUUACUGUGGGCCUGUAAUUAUUCAUUCUGUUACUAAUGGCGCAAAAAAAAAAAAAAAGAAGAAGCAACACAAGGUGGUAAGAUUUGUGUUUGCUUUUCAUGUUUGAAUUGAAGGUACAAUAAGAGUGUUUUUAUGACAUAAAAUCUUGCAAAAUGUUAAAAGAACAGAAUCCGAUAUUAUAAUAUUAGGCUGUGUAUAGUACGUAGAGGAAACUGGUGCGUCAUACUUGAAGUCACUUCCUGUUCGGAUGCAGUCGUGUGAUCAGCAGUGAGGCAAUAUUUAACAUAUUAUCACAUAUGACCAGCAGGAGCGUAACUAUGGAUAACGCGAGCACCUAAGAUGUGCUUCGGUUUGAAAAAUCGAGCCAUUACUUAAGGCACGAGUAUGUUUUUCUUCAACGAAAGUGUGUAUGUAAACAUUAAUACUGGAAUAUCGUCUUCUAAAGUUCAGACUGUGAAACUGUAUAAUCAUAAGAGUUAUUUAUUGAUUUCUUUCUUGUGCAAAUAUUUUACUGAGUUUGACUUAAGUAAUGAAAGAUGCUACUAAACGGAGAACAUUUUUAAUAGACUUUGUAGAAGUGCCAUUAGAUUUAAUAUAAUUGUUUUGAUAAGAAACGUAUAUUUUAUAGGAAACAGAUGCUUUGACGUUAGUGCUGUAGUGAAUGUAGGUGACAAUCUGGUUGAUUUUAAAAGCUUGUUGGCCUUAUUUUUUUUUUUUCUUUUUGACAGAUUAACGCUGUUAUGUUUGUUUGUGCUUUUUAUUUGCCGCUUUUGACGUGUACCCGUGUGUGUGCUGUGGAAAAAGUGACAAUCUUGAGCUAGGACUUUUAUUUCGAUUCUGUAUAGAUUAAAUAGAGAAUUUUAUGUCA